UGUUAGCAUAGCAUGCCGCCCAUGUGACAGGUGUGUCGUCACGUGGCCUGGAAGAGCCAAUCGAGAGGCCAACAUUCACCCCACACCAACUCACGAACUGACCAAUGACCUCUGAGCAGCCAAAUGCCGCCGUCAUCGCGCGUGUACCGGUGCUUCACGUCAUUGCUCCGACAAGCACAGACGUCAAAAGUAGGGCUUUUCCCGCGCUCGCCCUCAGUCUCGAAGGGGCUCAACGUGGGCGGUGCGUGCAUGCGCGUGUCCGCAGCUGCUCGCCGGCGCGCUACCGCAGCCACAAGCUGGAUGCGUCGGGGCUGGACCGGUGCCGCCGGCAGGGAGGCUCGCUUUGCACAGCCCGACCGGACGAGACCGCGGAGUUCCUCAUGGACACCAGCACACUUUUGGAGGAGACUGCGGCGUGUGCGUGAACGCAACACUGCAGCUUGCCUCCUUCUUCUUCUCCUCCUCCUCUUCCUCGCCCAUCCACCUGGAAGCAUGUGAGGGAAACAUCAGCAACAUGCGCGUCCAGUCCGUGUUCGUUCUUCAGGUGUGCGCUCUCCUCAUCUUCCUCCCGCCGGCCUCUUUGUCGGAGGUGACAUGUGACGCCCUGCUCAUCAUGGCAGCCAACGCCUCCUCACUGCAGCCGUGGUCCACAUGGAACGAGACGCAGAACAACGGAAGCGGUCGAGUGAUUGGCUCAGGGCUGUACUGUGACGCGUCCGUCGACGGCAUCGGUACCUGCUGGCCCCGCAGCGCCGCCGGUCACAUGGUGUCACGACCUUGUCCUGAGAUGUUCUACGGCGUCCGAUACAACACUACCAAUAGCGUGUACAGGAAGUGCCUGGCCAAUGGGACGUGGGCGGCGAAGGGGAACUACUCCAUGUGCAAGGCCAUCCUACACCAGGAGAAGAAAGGUAAGAUGCACUACCAGAUUGCUGUCAUCAUCAACUUCCUGGGUCACUGCAUCUCCAUGCUGGCGCUGCUGGUCGCCUUCUUCCUCUUCCUGUGUUUGAGGAGCAUCCGCUGCCUGAGGAACAUCAUCCAUUGGAACCUCAUCGCCGCCUUCAUCCUCAGGAACACCACGUGGUUCGUGGUGCAGCUCACAAUGAGCCCCGAGGUGCACGAAAGCAACGUGGUGUGGUGCCGCCUGGUUACGGCUUCCUUCAACUACUUCCACUCCACCAACUUCUUCUGGAUGUUUGGGGAAGGGUGCUACCUGCACACCGCCAUCGUGCUCACCUACUCCACCGACAAGCUGCGCAAGUGGAUGUUCAUCUGCAUCGGCUGGUGUAUCCCGUUCCCCAUCAUCGUGGCCUGGGCCAUCGGGAAGCUCUACUACGACAACGAGAAGUGCUGGUUUGGGAAGCGAGCAGGCGUCUACACAGACUACAUCUACCAGGGUCCAAUGAUCCUCGUUCUGGUGAUCAACUUCAUUUUCCUCUUCAACAUCGUCCGGAUCCUCAUGACCAAACUGCGAGCGUCCACCACGUCCGAGACCAUCCAGUACAGGAAAGCCGUGAAGGCCACGCUGGUGCUCCUCCCGCUGCUGGGAAUCACCUACAUGCUGUUCUUCGUCAAUCCCGGCGAAGACGAGAUCUCGCAGAUCGUCUUCAUUUAUUUCAACUCCUUCUUGGAGUCUUUCCAGGGAUUCUUUGUGUCCGUCUUUUACUGCUUCCUAAACAGUGAGGUGCGCUCUGCCGCCAGGAAACGCUUCCAUCGCUGGCAGGAACAACACUCUAUCAGGGCCAGGAUGACCCAGGCCAUGUCCAUCCCCACGUCGCCCUCACGGGUCAGCUUCCACAGCAUCAAGCAGUCCACGUCGCUAUGAACCGUCCACAUGCGCUGGGGGGGGGGCAUGGCCUGACUUUGCUGAAAGACUCUUGAAGGUUUGUGGAUCAGAAGGUGCGACCGAGCUGAGUUUGGAUCCGGAGCUUGACCGUGAAUGUACAGCACCGUCCGUCUGUCAUCUACCCGCCACGACUCCCAAGGACUCUCACAGGACGCGAAUGUUGUCCCCGCUUGGCGUUCCUGAUGCAGGGUCAGCUUGGUGAGGCAUGGCCUUCAUCUUUCCACACAUUCCGCAAGUUCACACCAGAACCAUAUUCCCACCCGGACCAUGCUGGUGACGUGACCAGUGCAGGCGGUGGGGAUUUGGAGAGGGUACCAGCCAGCAGCAGGAUGAGCAGAAUGAAGACCCUUCGGUUUUGGCGGGAAAGCAAACUCCAAAGCUAAGCUGCGUGUUAGCAUCUGUUUUUCCACACUCACCAGCCGCAUAGAGCUAAGCCGUGCUGGAGUUCAUUACUUGCAAGCCGCUCGGAUCGUUAGGCGUAUUGAUCGGAGCGGCUUUAGCUGCGCCAGCGUGCUGCUAGCUAGCGCUCAGCUCGUGAGGGAGCAAACGAGGGUCAAACAAUUAGCGCCGCUCAGGAGGAUUUUAGUUUGGGAAGUUGAAGGCCAUCAUGAGAUCGUGAGAUGUCGUUGUGUAAAUAUUUUCUUGUAAAUGGAUGUGUCAGCAUCUCACCUUCACAUUCCCACCUGCCGUGGCGUCCUGGUCUCCGUGUGUUUUGUUUCCUCCGUGUUUGCCGGUGACACUGCUGUGUUCCUGUCUCGUCAUGUCACGACUUCACUUGCUAGCAAAGUGCUGUUAGCACAUUCUGAUGCACUUCCAGUGAAGAUGUCAAAGCAAAGAUUUGGAUUAUUUAUUGUUAUUUAUUUGCAACUAAAAAUGCUGAGAAAUAAAGCGUGUUGCUUUGACGGAUGUGAAGCGAA